CCUGCCUGCUCCAGGCCGAGCUGGUGAAUUACGAACGAGUCAAGGAGUACUGCCUCAAAGUGCUUCAGAAAGAAGGUGAGAACUUCAAGGCGCUCUAUCGAUCGGGAGUGGCGUUUUACCACCUGGGUGACUUCAACAAGGCCCUCUACUACCUGAAAGAGGCAAGAUCCCGCCAGCCAACAGGAUCUAAUAACUUAAGAUAUAUCCAGCUUACAGAGAUGAAGCUCAGCAGAUGUUCCCAGAGAGAGAAAGAAGCCUUGUGA